AUGGAUGUGACUGACUCUACACACCAGAAUAUCUCAGAUGGCAAAAAUAAGCCAGAAAGAAAUGAGACGCCAACAAAUAUUGAGGAGAAACCAAAAGAUACAAGCAAUGUAAAGAAAAACAAGAGGAAGCCUUUGUAUCUUUGGUCAACUGCAGAUGUGAAUAAAUGGCUCCGAAAGCAUUGCAGUUGUUACUGUGAUAUGUAUGAAAAUAUGUUUCUGGAUCACGAGGUAACAGGUCGUACAUUAAUUCGAAUGAAUGAAAUCAAAUUGGAAAAAAUGGGAAUCAAAGAUUCAAAUCACAGGCGGGAAUUGAUGCAGCAAAUUUUGCAGCAGAGGCUGAAGCAUGAACGUACAGAAUUAAAAAAUGCAGACAUGCGUGGAACUUUGAUGCUAACGUUUCAUCAGAAUGGAAGUUGCAAUUCUGAUACGGAUACUUCCAGUGGACAGCAGGCUCAAGCCAAGAAGCCAAUGAGCUCUCUCAUAGCUUGGUAA